AUAAAAAAUCCGCUCUUUCGAUUCGAGUGAGCGUCGAUUGCGGUAAAUAAAAAGGACGGCUGCGGUGGCUCGGCCGAAUCUCUCCGUUGGCGAGAAAUCCUAAAUCAGUUGGAGGCGAGCGAGCGAUCGAGAGCAACUCCCUUGAUUUUUGACCGACGUGCGGAGACUCAAGACGGGAUGAAAGCGAGCAUUUUGCUAGCAAUCUGCAUGGCAGCGGCACUCGCCACCGCAGGUGAGAGUGCCGUAAUAUGUCAGAUGGCGAGCUGGUCUGUCUAUAGGCCCGACGGUGGCACUUUCCAGAUACCCAGCAUUGACCCGUCUCUGUGCACCCACGGAGUGUAUGUGUUCGCCGGCCUUGACUCUUCUGACCAAGUUGAAAGCCUCGACCCGUGGGCGGAUUUGGAGGCGGGCGGCGGAUUAGGAGGCUACGCGAAAUUCGUCGCGCUCAAGGCAAUCAACCCCAGCUUUAAGCCAUUGCUCGGCCUAGGUGGAUGGGCCAACUCGGCGGUUCAUUUCUCUGCGAUUGCAGGCAAUGCAACUCGUCGGUCUAAUCUGGCCAGCAACGUGGUCGCUUACUUGAAGAAAUACCAAUUCGAGGGCAUCGAGAUCGACUGGCUUUACCCACUCACAGCCAACGAUAAGACGAAUUUCCCGCUUCUGCUCAGCGAACUGAGGAAAGCCUUCGAUCCUGAAGGGUUCGAGCUGAUUGCAACUGUCGGCUCCCUGGCAGAAACCAUCGAGCGCUCUUACGACAUUGUAGAGAUGGAAAAGAGCCUGGAUUACUUCGUGCUCCUCGGCUACGACUACGACGGACCUUGGAACCUGCGAACGGGCCACAACGCUCCGCUGUACCUGCCAGAAGCUAAUCCCCUUUGCGUGAAUGCAUCUGUUACCUUGUUCCUGGACGGCGGACUCACCCCGGGCAAAUUGGUCAUCGGCAUUCCCGGGUACGGGCACACGUUUACCUUGGUUUCCGAGGCUGACAACGGUAUUGGCGCAGAUGUGAUCGGAGUUGGCGACGCCGGUCCUUGGACUUACGAAGCUGGAAUUCUCAGCUAUAAUGAGUUCGCUGUUGCCUCUUCCGAAUGGACUGUUCAGAGGGACUCGCUGAAUCAGGCGCCAUAUGCAUACAAAGGAAAUCAAUGGUUUUCAUAUGACGAUGAGACCUCAAUCGCCUUCAAGGCCGAGUACAUUGUCUCAAAGAAUCUGGGCGGAGCUGCCCUUUGGACAAUCGACGAAGACGAGCUGGCUGGUGAUGCAUUCACUCUGCUCAGAGCAAUCAACGCUGGUCUUGCCAAAAGGAAAUAAGACAAACGUGCUUUAGCUGUUGUAUUAAAUUUAAAAAUAAAUUUAUUGUUUAUAAAAUA